AUGCAGCAAAUUUGGGCGGUUUUACUGAGUGAAGUAAGAACUGUUCGGAAUCUAGCGAUUGUAAGAAAUGUUUAUAUUUCAUUCGAUGCCUUUAGUUAUAUUCAAUGGAUUCCCGAGGCAAAGCUAAACAAACCGAUUCUGGCUAAAAACUUCCGUGACGCUAAGAAUGAAGAAUCUGACAGUUCUAGUGACGACCCGACUCCCGAAAGAAACGAAGAAGAAACCAGCAAGGAGUUGCAACCCGUUGCUAAGAAAAAAUGCAAUUAUACACAUCGCCUGAAGCGAAAGAAGUGGGUGGAACGCGAAGAGUUGGCUUUAGCUAGGGCAUAUAUCGAUGUUUCUAAAGAUAAACAAUGCGGAAAUCAACAAAGGUUCGAUGCAUUUGGGGAGAGGGUUCUAGAGCAUUUUAAUGUUCAAAUGGGAGGUUUGGAUCUGUCACGACACCAAGUAAACUCAAAAUGGAAAGACCUCCAAAAGAAAUGUAAUGCUUUCAACGACAUAUAUAACUGUAAGAUGAACAGUGUGGCUAGCGGGAGAUCUAAGGCUGAUGUUUUACAAUCUUCACUAAGCGAGUAUCGGAGGACUAUUAACCAGAAAGGUUUUCCUCGCCAACAAGCUUGGGAGUAG